AUGGAUGUCAUACUCAAGAAUUUGGUCAAAGUGUCGGUGAGUCGUGUUGUCUGGUCUUUAAUACUGAUCGCUUCGCUGAUACCACCCGUCAAAUCGGCCAAACCUUUCNAGUUCAUUAAAGUGUUCACCGUUUUGGAAGUGAUUCAUCUGGACCUCGAGACCAGCAAAGACGAGCCCAGCCUUCGCGGACACAACCCGUGGCACAUGAGGUUCUUGAGGGGCGGCUGGAAAAAAGGCGUUACGGCCGGCGGUUGUCGUAACAAUUUCGACACCUUUCACAUCAAUCCACAAAUACAGCUGUUUUUGCCCGAAACCGAUGAGACUGUGCUCUGUCUGAAUCAACAUUUGCUAUUAGAGGCAAAAGUGAUCGGAUUUAGUAUAUACUCGACGCCCGCGAAGUCACUGUCGGCGCCCAAUAGUAGCGAAAAUCGUUUGGAUAAGUCAUUCUUCAAGAAGAAUAAGUCGACCUCCAGUUCCUCGUAUACCAACAGCAAGUAUGUGGUGAUGAAGACAGUGCUGGAGGCGGGCACUCACGUACUGCUGCCCACCACUUACGAGACAGGACAAGAGGGACAGUUCUCAUUCCGUGUCCACUCGUCUAAACCAAUCAAAAUCAAACAGAUUGACUGCACGCCAGCCAUCGUGAAGUCGGCCAUCACUAAAGCGCCGGCAACUUUUGACCAAAAGUUUGCCCAAUACGAGGCACUGUUUAUGCAAUUCGCUGAUGAGCACAAAUCGAUAAACGCUUUUGAAUUGCAAGAACUCCUGGAGACAUGUCUGCCAAAUGAUUACGUCAAGUCUUGUGCCACUUUGGAUGUCUGUCGACAGAUUGUCAUUACAUUAGAGGCCAACGGAAGCGGUCGUAUCCGUUAUAACGACUACAAGAAUAUCAUGUGUUCGCUAAGGAAUUGGCAAAACUGUUUCAAAACCCACACGAAGGGCACCACUGGUGUACUUCGGGCCGAGAAAUUGUAUGAAGCGCUCAAUGAUAUUGGUUUUCAAUUAAAUACGGAAAUCCUGGGCUCUCUGUCGCUGCGGUAUAUGCGAAAAGACGGUACUCUACGGUUCGGCGACUUUGUGUCCGCGAUAUUACAUUUGGUGAUGGCUUUCAAUGUGUUUGAGAAGAAGGAUCCGCUUCAGAACGGAUACAUUAAACUCACGUUACCUGAGUUUCUACGGGCGUCCCUUCAGUGAUAGCAUUACACGGCAAUAGCCGCGCAUUCCUUACCCCUCUAUCCGACCUCUGCCUCCGCAAGCAUUCAAUACAAAAUACCCCGAGAUUUGCCAUAAAGUAUAUCAUAAUAUAUUAUAUAUUGUUAUGAAAUCACAAGAGUUUUAUCUAUUAU